AUGGUGGCAAUCAAGAACUCGGUCCUCCUUCUAGGCUCGUUGGCCACCCUCACCACUGCCCUUCCCGGCUUUGGACAAUGGCAGAAGCCUGGCGGACCACCUGCCGGUGAUGUGCAAGGGAGCCAUGACGGCCCUGGACGUGGAGCUGGCGGUCCUCCAAGUGGUACAGGAGAUGGCGGCGCGGUUGCAGGUGCAGCUCACCCUUUCUCCGGCAAAUACCCUGGUGCUGGAGCGGGUACUGUCUACGCCCACGCUUACACAUCUGGAGAUGACGAUGACGAUGACGAUGACGACCACGACAACGACAACAACGGUGCUGCCCAUUCCGCCACUCAUCGUCGCCGUGAAAACGCCAUGUACAAGACAGGCACGUAUGCACAGGGCAAAUACGAGAGUUCCGACGGCAAGCCGCAAACGCAGCAUAAGAACCACGGUGGCUUGUCGGAUGGCCAGGACGGUAAUGCUGCGUCCACACAUGGCCAUUCGGCCGAGCAGAAGUGGGAUGGCGGGUCGAAGCAGAGCCAUGCCCGAGACGUGGAAGGGCCUGGAAGCGACAUGGGAGCAGAUAUCCGGUUCCCUCAUCUCAAGGGCACUCAGGCAGGAGACGGAGCAAGAGAAAGAGUCGGAGAAAGAGACGGAGACGGAGAAUUACACGCGCACCAGGCUCGCACCGCCAGUCGCGGCGUGUACGAAUGCAUGAACAAGAACUUUGUCCUGCCGUGCAUCUGGACACCAGUCAACAACGGACAAUGCUACAACGUGAACUACGGCUCUCAGGGAUCCAUGGGGCCCGACAAGGGUCUCACCUGCACCUUGUACGAGGUGGGCAAUUGCAACGACAAUGGCUGGAACACAGCAAGUCCGUUCGUGUGGCCGGGCAUCCCGGACUACCAGACAAGCUACCUGUUGACUCGUCAUGGGUUCCCGGACCAAGGACCCAGGAGUUACAAGUGCACCUAUACAUCGGAGGCCAAGGGGAAUUAG